AAAUGCACAUUUUUAUAUAUUUGUUAAAAAAAUUACUGUAUGGAAGCCACGCCUGUUUUCGGAUGCUGUCAUGAAAAACCAAUAAGAUUAGCGUUGGUGGAUAUACUGACCAAUCAAAUCCCGCCGGCGGGAGUGCGGAUGUUCUUUUUGGCCGGCAUGUGCUAGAUCUACAACAGAGUGUAACCUUCAAGGAGAAGCGUGGAAAACAUAGCCGUUCAAAAUGCAGGCGGCAAUGGAGAUCUCAACCAAAUACUGUCAAAAGGAGCUGGAAGAAUACGGCUCAUGCGUUGCCUCCAAUCCAUCGUCAUGGCAACAGAAGUGUCAAGACUUGAAGCUGAAGGUUGCACAGUGUACUUCAUCUCAUCCAGUGAUAAGAAAGAUACAAGCAGAUUGUGCUGAUCAGUUUUCAUUGUUCGAACGUUGUCUGCGAGAGAACCAGAGCUCUGCUGAAACAUGCCAACCUCACAUCGCCCGCUUCUUGGCCUGCGCAGAGACCGUAGACAUUUCAGAACUAGCAAACAGUGCGCCUCAGCCCACGUAGAUGCCUGCCUUUUGUCACUGUUUCAUCUAAUGAAGACAAAACACAGGUGUUUUUAUACUUUAAUACAGGAGGGAAAUGGGUUAUGGAAAUGUUUAUUAUUUUUAAGAAUUGCAACACAGAGAAACAAGGACAAACAGACCUCGAUAUUUUGCACACUUUCUUUCAAGCUUUUUGAAGUUUUCUUCUCGAAGUUUUCCAACUAUUUAUGAGGUAAAUAAUUUUAAAAACUUGCCAUGAAGAUGCAAUAAAAUGUGUUUUUAUCUAUUUUUAGCUGUAUGGCUCCAUCUGUUGUACUGAAGAUUUUUCCUGUUACAACUAAUGCUAUUGAGCAGGAUUUAAUAUUUAAUUGUUGAAUAUGUGUGUUACAACAGUAUGUCAUUUAAGGUAAAAAAUCCUUGACUUCAAAGAAUUUUUCCAUGUGAUUAUUAUG